AUUGUUCAGUCGCUGACGGUACCUGUCAUGUUCAUUCCUUGAUGAUGCCAGACCCUGAAUCCGCCUCCGUUCUCCAUGAUUUGAUACGGCUGUUCGUGUCCGAGGUUCUGACCGAUGCUCUUCCUGGCAGAACGAAUACCGAGAAUUGUCCAAGCAGCUUCAGUCCUCGACAAAGUCGGUCUGUCGGAUGUUUUUGCAGAAUGCCACGGCCCUCACCAAGCUCAGGUAUCUCAAGGCCACCCGCCAGAGCUCCGUGGUGUACUUUGAAACGCUGAUGCAGGAGAUCCAGCAGCUCGUCUACGAGCGGCUCAAGACAUCUGUCGAAGAGGAGAAUGCAAAGCAAGAUCAACUCGCCAUCAUCAUUGCCAAAGAGAAAAAGACGAGCAACGACGUGCAACUGCUCCGAGAAGAGAUCGAAAGAGCCAAGAAGGAACGCUCCAACGAGAUCAACAAAAAGAACGAGACGAUUCGGCGGCUCAAAGAGGAGCUCCGACAAAUCAAACAGGUAGCCGAAGAGACGACAAAGAAGCUCGAGAGUCGCUCGAAGCAGAAGGAAGACGCUGAUGUCCAACAGUUCAAGGACAAGCUCGAAGAAACCACCAAAAAGAACCGCGAGGAAGAGGCCAAUUUGCGGCGUAAAAAGUUCAAAGUCGAGUCCGAGGUUGAGAACUGGAUCCACAAGUAUGACCAGGAUAUGGAGGAGAAGCAGGCCGAGCUCGAAGAUAUCCAGGCCAUAUUUACAGAAGAAAAGUCGCAGUUGGAUGAACUGCAGGCGCGGUACACUGCGCUUCAGAAAGAGUACGAGUGCAUCCAAGAGGAGAAGCGCAUCAAGGAGGAAAAGAAGAAGGACGAGGAGAUGAAGCUGGCCAUCCGGAUCAAGGCCGCCAUCAAAAUUCAAGCAAUGUGGCGUGGCUGGAAGACUCGAAAGGAGCUCAAGAAGAAGGAUGUCAAGGGAAAGGACAAGAAGGGCAAGAAGGGCAAGAAGUAGAGCAGCCCGUAGAAAGCUUGUUGUGCAGGGCACAUCGUGUUGGAAGAGAUGGUAUUUCAUGCCACUCAUGGAGGCUCUGUUUGCGCACAGCCAAUGUCGCCUCCUCCUGCAAGAGGGGAAGGGCUCGGUGCAGAGGCACGCAACAUGUAUGAGAAAAAGACAGACUGGUGGUUCGGGGGCAGGCAGGCGGGAGGCGAGUGCAGGGCACCGGAUACCCGCAAGGAGCAACGGUUGUUCAGAAGGAAAAAUGUGGGGAAGGGGG